AAAGCAGGGGAAGGAAAUCCUCCCAAAACUUUGCUGGAACCAGGUUUGUAAGAGGAGUACUGAUAGAGAGCUGAAGGAGGGAGGGAGAAGAGACGAAGCUGCUGUACCUGAACUGAUUGUUGUGCUGCAGAGACUAAACCAUGCUGUGGUUGGUGGGGCUGACCUGUGUGCUGUGGAUGGGAGGGAACGCUGUAGCAGCACAGAGAGAUGGAGAAAUUAUCAGUCAGAUUAAAAUGACCAACCUCGCCUUGGCUGAGAUUAAAGAGCUUCUAAAACAACAGAUUAAAGAGAUGGUUUUCCUGAAGAACACAGUGAUGGAGUGUGAAGCUUGUGGGAUGGGAGGGAUGCAGCCUCGUUCCUCCUGUGUGCCGAACCCCUGCCACCCCGGGGUGAAGUGCAUGGAAACACCUCAGGGCAUCAAGUGUGGAGCCUGUCCUGAUGGUAUGGAGGGUAAUGGGACCCACUGCAUUGAUGUGGAUGAGUGCACCGUGAUGCCCUGCCACAUGGGCGUUCGCUGCAUCAACACCUCCCCAGGUUUCCGCUGUGGAUCUUGUCCUGCUGGAUACCACGGACCUCAGGUUCAGGGUGUCGGCCUCGCGUACGCCAGAGCCAACAAACAGGUGUGCAAAGAUAUCAACGAGUGUGACGGGUCAAACAAUGGAGGCUGUGUGGAGAACUCUGUGUGUAUGAACACCCCUGGUUCCUUCAGAUGCGGUCCCUGUAAGCCAGGAUAUGUUGGGGAUCAGCGACGUGGUUGUAAACCUGAGAGAGCCUGUGGGAACGGUCAACCCAACCCCUGCCAUGCAAGUGCAGAGUGCAUCGUCCAUCGAGAGGGAGCCAUUGAGUGUCGGUGUGGAGUUGGAUGGGCCGGUAACGGCUACCUCUGUGGUCCUGACACUGACAUUGAUGGUUUCCCCGAUGACAAACUGGACUGUCCUGAGAGGAACUGUAACAAGGAUAACUGCCUCACUGUACCCAACUCUGGUCAGGAAGACGCUGACAGUGAUGGAAUUGGAGACGCCUGUGAUGAAGAUGCAGAUGGAGAUGGGAUCCUGAACACACAGGAUAACUGUGUGCUGGUGCCCAAUGUGGACCAACGCAACGUUGACGAGGACGACUUCGGCGAUGCUUGCGACAACUGCCGCGCAGUGAAAAACAAUGACCAAAAGGACACAGAUGUGGACAAAUUUGGUGAUGAAUGUGAUGAAGAUAUUGAUGGGGAUGGAAUCCUGAAUCACCUGGAUAACUGUAAAAGGGUUCCGAAUGCUGACCAGAAAGAUCGAGAUGGAGACAAUGUGGGAGACGCCUGUGACAGCUGUCCAUAUGUUCCUAACCCUGACCAGAUGGAUGCGGACAAUGACUUGAUUGGAGACCCCUGUGACACCAACAAGGACAGUGAUGGUGAUGGUCACCAGGACUCUCGGGACAACUGCCCGGCCGUCAUCAACAGCUCUCAGCUGGACACCGACAAAGACGGAAAAGGAGAUGAGUGUGAUGAUGAUGAUGACAAUGACGGUAUUCCAGACCUGCUGCCACCUGGUCCUGACAACUGCCGUCUGAUUCCCAACCCUCUGCAGGAGGACUCUGAUGGUGAUGGCGUAGGAAAUGUUUGCGAGACGGAUUUUGACAAUGACACCAUAGUCGACACCAUUGAUGUUUGUCCAGAAAACGCUGAGGUCACCCUCACUGACUUCAGAGAGUACCAGACCGUUGUUUUAGACCCAGAAGGAGAUGCACAGAUCGACCCCAACUGGGUGGUGUUGAAUCAGGGAAGGGAGAUCGUGCAGACUAUGAACAGUGAUCCUGGCUUAGCUGUUGGUUACACUGCUUUCAGCGGCGUGGAUUUUGAAGGGACGUUUCAUGUUAAUACGGUAACGGACGAUGACUAUGCUGGUUUUAUCUUCGGCUACCAGGACAGCUCCAGUUUCUACGUGGUGAUGUGGAAGCAGGUGGAACAGAUCUACUGGCAGGCAAACCCAUUCAGAGCUGUGGCAGAACCAGGCAUCCAACUGAAGGCAGUAAAGUCAGACACAGGUCCAGGUGAGAAUCUGAGGAACGCCUUGUGGCACACCGGCGACACCAGCGACCAGGUGAAGCUCCUGUGGAAAGAUGCUCGCAAUGUUGGCUGGAAAGACAAAACUUCUUACCGCUGGUUCCUCCAGCACCGGCCUGCUGAAGGCUACAUCAGAGUUCGUUUCUAUGAGGGUACUCAGAUGGUGGCAGAUACAGGCGUCAUCAUAGACGCCACGAUGAGAGGAGGUCGACUGGGAGUCUUCUGCUUCUCCCAGGAGAACAUCAUCUGGGCCAACCUGCGUUAUCGCUGCAACGACACUCUUCCUGAGGACUUUGACACCUACAGAGCCCAGCAGGUCCAGCUGGUUGCCUGAUGACAACAAACAAGCCCAAACAAAACACUUUUCCAAACGCACAACUGGGUCUCAGAGAGAAAAUCAUCAUGAUGUAGACGCUUAAAGGUCUACCAGACAAGUUUGAAAUUUCUCAAGUGAAAACUGAUCAACUGUGCUGAGUUUCUGACAGAGGAAACAGCUGUAAAACUCUUCAGAGGGGAGUAAUAAUAUAUGAAAUGUUUGAUUCGUUAACUUUUGCCAAAACAGACAUUUCUGUCCUAAACCACCUUCCUACAAAAUAUCGUCCACUGUAUAUUUACGUUUCAAUUUUUACUUUUGAAAGAAGAUCUCUUGCAUAGAUUUAAUUGUCACUGAUAAAUAAAUGUGGAUUUUAGUAAA